GAACAGUGCCGCGUCGAUGAGGAGGACAAUGGACAUUGCAGUAGACAGAGGUGUGUUUUACUUCUAAUUGUCCAAUAUGUCAUCGAAUGUGGAAAACAUUGAUAAUACAAAUUCAAAUGUUUCUCAAAGUCAAAUGUCUGUGGAAGACAAAUAUUAUUAUGUAGUUAAUGAAAGGGACAAUAUAAAUUCAAAAUCCAAAUCCGAUGCACAAAGUAUAAGUGGAAAAUUAAUUGCCAUUAAGUCUGGAAUAAAUACCGAUUUAACACAUGAAUCAGAAGAUGAAUCUAAUGUAAUAGAAACUUUACUAAACGCGAAGGAAAAAGAAGCAGAAGAAAAUGUUGGGUCCAGGAUAAAUUCUAGUGCUCAAACUAAAAGUGAUAAUCAGAAUCAUGAUAUCAGUGCAUUAAGUCAUAAAGAAUACGAUCCUAGUAUAGACGAGAGGCUACCGGAAACAGUGACAUUACUUACUACACCUAAAGGAGCAAAAUUGUAUUUAGUAGGGACAGUGCAUUUUAGUGUUGAGAGUCAAAAUGACGUUUCCACGAUAAUUCAAGCUGUACAACCACAUAUAGUUGUGGUCGAAUUGUGCAAAGCGAGAAUUGGUAUAUUGCAACUUAAUGAGGAAACUAUGUAUAAAUCUGCAAAGAAUGUAACAUACCAAACUAUUGUUGAUACAUUAAAGACACACGGGACCUAUCAUGGAUUGUUCCGUAUCUUAUUACUGAGAAUGGUAGCACGAAUUUCCAAACAACUUGGAAUGGCACCUGGUGGUGAAUUUCGUAGAGCUUUUGAAGAGGCAAAAUCAAUUCCAAACUGUAUUAUUCAAUUGGCAGAUAGACCAUUCGACAUAACGAUUACACGUGCUGUAAGAUCAUUGUCUUGGAGGCAAACUCUGAAAAUUGGAUGGCACCUAAUUAAUUUAAAAGGUGACAUUAGUAAAGAGUACGUGGAAGUUUGUAAAAAAAAGCACCUAUUAGGUGAUGUGACUAAUAAGUUAAAAGAGGAAUUUCCAGUAAUAGAGCAAGUUUUCAUGGCAGAAAGAGACUUGUAUCUCACAUAUUCUCUUCAAGGAGCAUGUGAGCUUCAACAUAUUUUGAGUGGAACAAUGCCACUCAGAAUUGUGGGAAUUGUUGGCAUAGGACAUAUCGCAGGAAUUACGAAACAUUGGGGAAAAGUGAAGUCUUCGGACAUAGCACCUAUUAUGAGAGUGCCUCCCCAAUCGUUGUCAACUAAAAUAUUGAAAUUCACUAUUAAAGUCUCGUUACUGAGCGCUGUAAUUUACGCAGGGUAUAAAAUUUUACCGAUGCCUUCUGGCAUUUCAUUGCAAUGUAUCAGAUCAUCGGUCGAAGGACUACUAAAGGUCAGUGGCGACAAUUAA